GUAGCUGUUGGGACAGAUGUGCAGUGCAUUGACAAGUCGUGGAACAAGCACAAUGUUUGCGGUCUUUUGCGGCUAAUCCAAUUGAUUUAUGUUUUUUUUUUUUAGUUUUAAAUAUAUACAAUUUAACAAAUAGGGGUACUAAUUCGCUGGACUUGAUUUCGGGCCAUGACCGUCAAAAAGCUGAAUCUCCACCACGACAGUGUUGCGCAUAAGGAAAAGAAAUUGGAUUGGUAUUGGGCUCCCAUCUACUGCGCUAUCUGGUUCUUGCUUUUCUAUGCUGUCGCCAUACCCAGCUUCUACAACUAUCCAAAAACAUUGCUCAUGCGCAAUGAACACCAACAUCCCGACGACUUCAUAGGCGAACGAGCCGAAUUACAACUACUCAUAUUGAGCCGAUUCGGCGUAAAACUUUCUGGCACCAUUGAAAACGAAGUAUUGGCAGUGAAUUUUUUACUCGGCGAAAUUGAAAAAAUCAAAGCACAAGCACGUCUUGAUCUCUACGAUAUCGCAGUUGAGUUGCAAUACGCAUCGGGGCAAUUCCAGCUGUGGGGCAUGGCCACCAGUUAUCACAAUGUCUCCAAUGUGGUGGUGAAAUUGGCGCCACGAAAUUUAACCACCGCUUCGUAUCUAUUAGUGAAUGCCCACUUCGACUCGGAGGCGCACUCGCCGGCAGCUGGAGAUGAUGGUGUAAUGAUUGUGAUUAUGUUGGAGGCUCUACGAGUGAUUUCCAAGUCAGAGCAGCCGCUCAUGCACCCCAUAGUAUUUCUCUUCAAUGGCGCUGAGGAAAGUAAUCUACUGGCAUCGCAUGCAUUCAUAACACGGCACAAAUGGGCGCAGUAUUGCAAAGCGCUUAUCAAUCUAGACUCAGCCGGUUCGGGUGGCCGCGAAAUACUCUUCCAAUCGGGACCCAAUCACCCAUGGCUCAUGAAAUACUACAAACAAAGCGUGCCACGCCCAUUUGCUACCACCAUCGCUGAGGAGUUAUUCCAAAACAAUUUCGUACCCUCCGACACAGAUUUCCGAAUUUUUCGUGAGUAUGGCCGGGUGCCUGGCCUAGAUAUGGCACACGCGCUGAAUGGCUAUGUCUAUCACACCAAGUACGAUACCUAUGCCAAUCUCGAACGACGCACUUGUCAGACAACCGGUGAGAAUGUGUUGGCGCUGACAUGGGCGUUGGCCAAUGCGCCAGAAUUGGAGAAUCCUGAAAAUUAUGCGGAGGGUCACACUGUAUUCUACGAUUAUCUCGGCUGGUUCGUGAUCUUCUACACUGAGCAAACUGGUGUCAUAAUUAAUAUUACCACCUCUGUUUGUGCUGUCUUCAUUAUUUGCAUAUCCAUUUAUCUGAUGUCACGCGAUGACGGAGCAGAUACAAUAAAACAGGUCUUCAUUCGUUUCUCAACCAUUGUUGGUGUGCAAAUUGUGACUACACUGGUGGCUGGGGGUCUCACCUUUCUCAUUGCGGUGACAAUUGACGGUAUAGGUGCAUCUGAGUGUUGGUACUCAGAAACGUGGCUGAUCUUUGGCCUCUACUUUUGUCCCAUGUUCUUCGCCAUGACUUUGCUACCGGCGGUGUACAUGCAUUGCACCAAGGAGAGGUUCAACAUGCGUCCUGAUGACACUUUAGCCUGCUUCAUGCAUUCGCACUGCCUUAUUUUGGUUGGCAUUUGUCUGACUAUGGCCGGACUCGGCAUACGGUCCGCUUUCUUUCCUAUGAUUGCAAUUUUCUUCUACACAAUCUCGGUCAUAUUGAGUGUUGGAAAUCGGCUUUGGGGAAAGAAAUACUUAUACCUGCCCAUACAUCUUCUAUGCCAACUGGCGCCGUACUGGUUCUAUACUUAUCUCACAUUUACUUUCCUGACAAUAUUCAUACCCAUGCAGGGACGCAAUGGACCGACUAGCAAACCUGAGUUUCUUAUUGCCGGUUUAUGUGUUAUAAUGGCUAUACAUUUUUCCGGAUUCAUUCUGCCUGUGUUACACAAAUUUCGCAAAUCAAAAACUUUCAUCAGCCUAUUUGGAGUUACUUGCUCAGUCUUCAUUAUGAUCGCUUGUCUACCCGUUGGCUUCCCCUAUAAGAAGGAUGUAGCUGCUCAAAGAGUUUAUGUGUUGCACACCACUCGCACCUUCUACAAUGAGUACGGUUUUGUCUACAGAAACGAAUCCGGUUACUAUGUACAACCAGUCGAUAGACGCAUUAAUACAUUGGAGAAUAUAAUUUUUCAAAAUGCUGAACCGAAAUCUGCGAUUGAGGCAGAUUGCGCUGCGGAAAUAUUUUGCGGACUGCCACUUUACAAUUCGCGUUGGCUGAAUUGGAAAAACUCCUCGCGCUGGAUAUUGGCGUCAAGCCCCAGCUUACCUAUACCAACUCAACUCAAGCUAACCUCAAAAGUGUAUAUAACCAAUAGGAGAGUGCGUUAUGGAUUUAGCUUGAAAUCGGCUGAUCGUGUCGUUAUUUAUAUAGACCCUUAUCCGGAUGCGAAAGUAGUUGAUUGGACCUUUGACAAGACGCCAUUGAAGAACAAUUACUCAACGCCCUAUUUUAUAUAUCACAUGUACUCCAUGACUGAAAGCCCAUUGCAAUUUUGGAUUGAGGUGGAUCGCGACGCCGCAGCCAUUGAGAGUGCUGCACUACGUCUUGGCAUAGGCGCCCACCUCCAAUAUCACGAAUCGUACUACACAGAUGAAUUCAAAGCAUUCUUGAAACGAUUUCCCGAAUGGUCAUAUCCAAUACACUGGUCGGCUUCAUUUGAAAGCCGCGUUUUUUAGUAUUUUUUUUUUUUUUAAUAAAUCAUUUUCUAAAUAAAACAAUUAUGCUUUUUUCCUCAAACAAGCUGCGAUAACGUCUCAAUCGUUGAGAAUGUGUAUCAUUUUAAUUUCGAUUUUAAAAUAAAAAA